UUGAAUAGAGUUGUUUAUAAAUAUAGCCGGUUGGAAAUCAAUUCUAUCAAUUUUGAAUUGUUAUUAUAUCUGUACGGAACGUUGCAAGUAAAAUAAAAUUAGACGCCGAGAUGAAACCUGCCAUAUGUGUUUUGGCACUGUCAGUGUUUACAGUAUUUUUUACUGGAUCACAGUGUGCAAUUACAGGAGAAACCAAUAAUAAUGGCGUAGCUGUUAUGCUAAGUGUUGACGAAGAAGUAUUGAGAAGCAUUUAUGACUUCAUAACUCACGAAAUUCGAGGUUUAGGAAAUGCCAUGGAUUUCAUUCCUGGAUUCGAUGAAUUAAAUGAAAUUGUUUCGGAUGAAGACAAACUUAAAGAAAUGAGGAUGAAAACAGUUGUUGUAGCUGAAGACAUCAUCAGACAGGCAAAUAUGCUCGUGCAAAUUUUACGUGAAGGAAAAGACAAUCCCGAAUAUGUUAAUGCAACUUCCCAAUUGCGUCAAUAUAUAAAACAACUUAAAGAAUUCGAUCAAAUGAAAUUAGUCAAUGGACUCGGUAGCGGAAUCGAAAUUUUGGAUUUGAUUUUCAAAGCAUUAUCGAUGGAAUAAAC